GGUAGAACAUUUUGCUUUGAUUUUUCAUAUUGAUACCUAUACAGAUUGAAUUGACUGAAAUCGCCAGAAUCAUCUCGACAGGUAUACUCCGUUACAAUUAGCUGACUGAUAGUAGAAAAUAUAUAUUUUACAAGUCCUUCAAAAUCUUCCAUCUUUUUAUCAUAAUGCCUCUUAAAAAAUUCAUUCUUGUUUGAUAUAUUUCAUAAAUUACGAGACAUGUAUUUCGUAAAACGACUUCUGCGAACGAUUCUGGUAAAUAGCACAAAACAAUUACGCCGCAUGGUUUCACUUGAAAGGGCUACUGUGGUUUUCACAAUGCAAUUCGUUUGUUAUGGAAAAGAAAGCAAGCAUAGUUUUUGCGUUUCACUAUUUACUAAUUUAUCGUGUAAAGAAACUAACAGCAGUCCGCAAAAUUUUAAUGUAAAAAUUCUAUUAUAAUUUUUCUACGUUACAGACUAAAGAUGAGUAUCUUGAGUCGCAAGUUUAUCAAAUUUGUAAAAUAUACCAUUGAACCAUCAAGUACUAUUAUUAGAACUAUAGAAACUUUGACAACAGAAAUCGAGGAGCAAGAUUGGUCACGGUGUCGUCCUUAUACCGAAAUACCUGGUCCCAAACCAAUUCCCUUCUUGGGUAACACGUGGCGAUUUAUACCAUAUAUAGGUAACUUCGAGAUCCAGGCGGUGGAUCAAGUAUCAAAGAGAUUAUAUAAGGAGUAUGGAGAUAUUGUGAAAAUAGAAGGUCUGUUAGGUAGACCAGAUAUGGUUUUCAUUUAUGAUGCUAAUGAAAUCGAACGUAUCUUUCGGCAAGAAGAGAGGAUGCCAUAUAGACCUUCGAUGCCGUCGUUAAAUUACUACAAACACGUGCUUAGAAAGGAGUUCUUCGAAAAUAAUGCCGGCGUAAUCGCUGUGCAUGGUGAGAGCUGGUACAAUUUCCGGAGCAAGGUACAACAAGUAAUGUUACAACCACGAACAGCAAGAAUGUACAUUAGCGCUAUCGAGGAAGCGAGUCUAGCAUUUCUUCGCAGAAUUAGAAGAAUACGGGAUGAAAAUGACGAGGUGCCUGAUGAUUUUCUGAACGAAAUACACAAAUGGUCACUAGAAUCUAUUGCCCGUGUUGCAUUAGACGUUCGAUUGGGUUGUUUGGAUGAUGAUGCUAAUGUUACAACUCAGCAAUUAAUUGAUGCAGUUACAAUAUUCUUUAAGAAUGUCGGAGUCUUAGAAUUAAAGAUUCCAUUCUGGAAAUUAUUCAAUACACCUACGUGGCUGCAAUAUGUGAAUGCUCUUGACACCAUAGUAAAUAUAACGUCUAAAUACACGAUGGCCGCUCUUUCAAGGAUAAAAGAAGUAGAGAAAUCUGAUAAGGAACAGUCUCUUCUGCAAAGAAUAUUGGCUCUUGAAAAUGAUACUAAAUUGGCUACUAUCCUUUCCCUUGAUCUAUUUUUAGUUGGCAUUGACACAACUUCCAGCGCGGUAGCAUCAACCUUGUAUCAAUUAGCUUUGCAUACUGACAAGCAAAAUCUCGCUUAUGAAGAAGUCUGUAACAUGCUAUCAGAUAAAGAUAUGCAGCUUGAAGGGAAGCAUUUGGACAAAUUGAAAUACUUAAAGGCGUGCAUUAAGGAAACUCUUAGGAUGUAUCCAGUGGUUAUUGGUAAUGGACGAUGUAUGACCAAGGACACAGUAAUCAAAGGAUAUCGUGUACCAAAAGGCGUACAAGUAGUUUUCCAACAUUACGUAAUAAGUAAUCUUGAGAAGUACUUUCCACGCAGCGAGGAAUUCCUUCCAGAGAGAUGGUUGCGAAGUGACGGUGUGUACCACAAAUUCGCAUCGCUUCCUUUCGGUUAUGGAAGAAGAAUGUGUCUCGGUCGACGUUUCGCCGAACUUGAGAUGCUCGUUGUUAUUAGUAAGAUUUUGCAACGUUACAAAAUAGAGUAUCAUCACGAGAAAUUAGAGUAUUACAUCAAUCCUAUGUACACGCCUAAAGGACCCUUAAAUUUAAAAUUUAUUGACAGAUAAUGAUUUUUAA